UUGAUGGGAAACAUCAUCUCAUUUGUUAUUUGGAGGAACAAACGCAUGAAAAGAAGUUCUGUCAACACCUAUCUCUCUGUGCUGUCUCUCGCAGAUAUAAGUGUGCUGAUCUUUGGGCUGUUUUCCACUUGGAUACACUCGGUCAGUGGAGCGGACAUCUUUCGAAGUGUCGACGUACUCUGUAAACUUUGGAAUUUUUUUGUCUACACUUCUUACAUGUUUUCCGUGUGGUUGGUCGUUAUUAUAACCACUGAAAGAUUUAUUGUCGUUUGUCUUCCAUUUUUAGCACAUCGCAUCUGCAAUCAGACAAAAGCGCACUUCAUUAUUAAGUGCCUCCUUCUAUUUAGUAUUUGUUUUAACCUGCAUUUUGUGAUAACAACUGGCAUGGUGGACCGUCAAGGUACAACUCAAUGUGACGCCUUGGAAAACCAUCGAAACUUCGUAACGAGAGUUUGGCCUUGGAUGGAUGCCAUUUUUUGUUUUUUUCUUCCUCUCUUCAUCUUAGCAUUGCUGAAUACACUCAUCAUAAUCAAUCUUGUAGCCGCCACGAAAAGAAGACGAUCACUGCAGCAUUACCUGAACAACAGGACGAAGGGUCGCCACAGAGGUACAUGUAUUAAACUGAAUAUUAUGUUGCUGACUACUUCCAUUGCCUUUUGCAUUUCUACAUGUCCAAUGGCUAUUCUGAUGAUAUCGGGAGUUUUAUUGGACAGCAGCCUCACGCCGUCAAACAUGGCGAAUCUUCUUGUCGGGAGAACUAUCUGCGAGUUGUUAAUGUACGUCAAUCAUUGCAUCAAUUUCAUUCUGUAUUGUAUCAGCGGUCAGAAAUUCACAUCCAUACUUAAAGGUGUGAUAUUGCGGAGAACUAAAUGUCACUCAAAACCAUCUUUAAGGAGAAAAUCACAUACGUUUGCCACAAGCAGAGAAACGCCUUGUUAAAUCUCAAGGUACACCGCCCGCAAGUUUGUUACUUACUUUAAACGUACUACAGACUUCACCAAGUUUUACGAACAUAUGUUUGACAAUAUUAGUUAAUCUACAUGGAGUUUUAAAAUUAUCUGAUCACUAAUUCCCCAGGAAUUAUUUAGUUAACAGGACAAUUGUAUGUCAUAACGAAUAAGUGUGUGAUAGAAAUAAACGAUACAUGUAA